AUGUAUUUUCUUUUCGCCUUCUUGGUCCUCUGCCUGGCUGCCAUAGGGUAUUCACACCCGUCAGGUCCAUCCGCGUCCCGCCCGGUCUCCAUUCCGGCUUUCUGGACAACAUACGGAUACGUCUUCAAUAUUACCGUUGGCACGCCUCCACAACAACUUGCUGUCCUAAGUGAUUGGACAUGGGUAUCACUUUUCACAAGAUCCGGACGGUGCAAUGACGUGUACGAUGUCUCGCGCUGUGUAACCGAAGGACAAGAGUACUUUGACGAGAAAAAGUCCACCACUUUCAAAAACACAACGCUUGGAUCAUUCACCUGGCCCAAUACAGCCUUUGCGCCCGACUUCACCGUUGACUAUGGCCGUGAUUCGGUGUGUACAGGCACUCUGUGUACCAAGCGUACCAUCCUCCAGCUAUCCGACUUUCCCUACGACGGCGACAUCAUCCCAAUCCAAGAAUUUGGAGGCAUCUAUGGUCUAGCGCCAGUAACCCCCCAUGCCGACCCCCGAUUUGUGCCCCACUUCUACCAAGCCUGGAAGCGCGGCGAGACCAGCCCGCGGGUGGGCUGGAACUCAUGCGCAAAGCUCUCUUCCUCCCAGCCCUGUCUGGACGGAGACGCUAAAUAUGUUUUCGGCGGAUCCGAUACCACCUUGUAUAACCAGUCCGAACUGACAUGGUUCCGCACCAAGAACACAUCAUACAUUACCGCCACCAAAUCACUGUACUAUCCCCAGCCUAAUGAUCUUUGGGCUACGCGCUGGACUGGCGGGUGGAUUGCAACGCAGGAUGGGAACUGGUCCCGCAACUAUGCCGUGGACUUCACUAAUGUGGGCCAUGACAAAAAGGCUAUUACCACUACGGCCAUGGCUAUUUUGGAUGAAGGGUCUGAGGGCCUGGGAACAGCCUUGUCAGCGGAUGCGUAUGCGCAGAUGGUUCAAAUGACCUCGGCUUCACCCGCGAGUAAUGAAACUAUCGCUGCGAUCCGCAGCCAGGGAACCUCCAGCGGUACAGGCACACAGCAGCAGCCGUGGUAUCUAGUCAACUGUACCAAUACGGCGCAUUUCCCGUCUAUUGUCUACGAGCUGGAUGGUCGGGCCAAUUAUACUGUUGGGCCUGAAGAUUACAUCCAGAAGUUGUAUGCUACGGGAGAGUGUUAUCUGAAUAUCAAUAUAUGGCCGUAUGUUGAUCAGAAGGGAAAUUGGAAAAAAGGGAAUUCGAAGGUGUUGCUGCUGGGGCUGGGCUUUUUGCAAAAGUUGUACGUCGUUUUCGAUUAUGAAAAGUCGAAAUUUGGUUUGGCACCGUUGAAGGCGCAGUAG